GACCGUGGUAUUAUCUAUGUAGUGAAUAGUGAUAACUGUUUUCAUUAUCUGACAAGGUUCAGUAUCAAUUUUAGUGUAUUUCAUAUUUACAUUUACGUAAAAAGAUUUUUUCCGUCUUAAUUUUUUUAGUUUUACUUGUCAUAGGACGUUUGAUUACGUACACGACUAUAAAUUUAAGUGUUAUACCAUCAGCUGUGUAAGUUCCUAAAUAUAAAUGACCAUGAAACGGCCGAUGUAUAAUCAUUUACGUAAUUACUGUUUAUUACUCGUAGACCAUAACCGUGUAGCUUACUAGUAUUUACUUUUCAAUUUUAUUUAUUAUCGUAUUUUUGCAAGACUAACUUAAUUUUUUUAAACUUUAAAUGUCUUAAUUCUUAUUUAUUUUGGCCGGUUUAACAAUUUUGGCGUGAGGAUAAGAAAUUAAUACAAUUCAAUAUAAUAAUUGAGCCUACAGGUUUACAUAAUUUAUCUUUAAAAAAAAUUGAAAGAUUUUAAUAUAUUUUUUGUAAAAUGAGUAUACCUGUAGCAAUUGGGUCUACAUUUUUUGGAUGUAUGAGCAAUGUCGUUUUUUUGGAACUUUUAGUCAAAGAAGAUCCUGGCAUAGGAAAUUUGAUUACGUUUUCCCAAUUUUUUUUAAUAGCACUUCAUGGCUUUAUAUUUACAGCUAAAUGUGGUACCAAAAAACCAAGCAUUAGUGUCAAAGGAUACAUGAUUUUAGUAGCAAUGUUUUUUAUAACUAAUGUUUUAAACAAUUAUGCUUUUGAUUUGAACAUUGCCAUGCCGUUACAUAUGAUCUUCAGAGCGGGCUCAUUAAUAGCAAAUAUGAUUAUGGGAGUGAUUAUAUUAAAGAAAAAGUAUACACUUGACAAAUUUAUUUCUGUGGGCAUGAUCACUGCCGGUAUUACAAUAUGUACAAUUGUAUCUGGUCAAGAUGUCAAAAAAACUGUUGUACACGGUGUUGUUCAAAACACAUCAGAGUUAGAAGACUUCUUUUGGUGGUGCUUAGGAAUCGCGUGUUUAACUAUUGCAUUAUUUAUUUCUGCUCGCAUGGGUAUAUACCAAGAAACAUUAUAUAAACAGCAUGGUAAACAUCCACAAGAAGCUUUAUUUUAUACUCAUUUGAUACCACUUCCAUGGUUCCUGUUUUUGUACUCUAAUCUAAAGGAACACGCACUAAUGGCCUUUGAAAGUGAACCAUUGCCAUACAUAGGAUUUGGUAUACCAAGUACCAUUAUUUAUCUUGCUGGAAAUGUUUUUACUCAAUAUUUGUGCAUAAGUUCAGUUUACUUUUUAACAACUGAAUGUUCGUCAUUGACAGUUACGUUGGUUAUAACAUUGCGAAAGUUUGCCAGUUUAUUGUUUAGUAUAUUGUACUUUAAUAAUCCAUUUACUUUGUACCAUUGGAUUGGAACUCUUUUAGUGUUUAUUGGUACAAUCAUAUUCACCGAGAUACCGCAAAAAGUACAACAAAUGACAGCGCCAAAAAAUGCAGCCAAAAAGACAAAGAAAACAAAAAUAAAUUAAUAUUCCAUUAUAUGAUAUUGGAUAAAUAUUAAUGGCUAUUACAGGAUUAUAGCACAUAUUAAAUGACUUCUUGUUUAGAAUAAAUAAAAACUUAUUAAUUUAUUUUAUUUGACAAUAAACAGAAAUAAUUUACAAACAAA